AUGGCUCCCAUCAAGCACAAGGUCAUGAUCAAUGUCGACCUGGGCGAAGGCUACGGCAACUUCAAAUGCGGACCAGACGACGAGCUCAUACCACUCAUCGACCACGCGAACGUCGCCUGUGGGUUUCACGCCGGUGACCCGCUGAUAAUGCAGCAAACCGUCGCAACCUGCAAAGCGCAUAACAUCGCCAUCGGCGCGCAUCCGGGGCUUCCAGACAUCCAAGGCUUCGGCCGGCGCGAGAUCAAGAUGUCGCCCGAGGAGCUUACGGCAAUGGUGCGGUACCAGGUCGGCGCGCUCAAGGCCUUCCUUGAUGCUGAGGGGCUGCCGCUGCACCAUGUCAAGCCGCACGGUGUGCUGUACGGGAUGAUGUAUCGGGACAAAGACACGUGCCGCGCUGUCUAUGAAGGCGUGCCGAAGGGGAUUCCAGUGUUUGGGCUGGCGGGCACGUUACAUGAGGAGGUGGCUAAGGAGCUGGGUCUGCCGUUUGUGGCGGAGUUGUACGGGGAUGUCAAGUACAAUGCUGACAGGACGUUGGUCAUAGACCGGAAGAAGAAGCCCUGGAAUCCGGAAGACUCGAAGAAGCACAUACGAUCACAAGUCGAGAGAUCGGCAGUGACUGCGGUCAAUGGCGAAGAAGUAGAGUUACCGAUAGGUGACCACGAGGUAUCGCUUUGCUGUCAUUCAGAUUCGCCAGGAUGCGUCGAGAUUGUAAAGGCUGCAAGGGCUAUUGUAGAUGAGUUCAAUACCAAACACUUCUCGUGA